GUCCAAUUCUCUACAGCGUGUCGUUGUAUGUUUCCCGUGUUUUUUUGAGAUCUAACAACGAAGAUAAGAGGCGUUGGUCAAUUCACUCUUGACGUAUUCAGAGAUGCUGGACAAAAUCGUGGGCAUGGCUAUGCUCAUAGCAGCCACCACCAUCUUCUUGUAUUACACGUUAUGGGCUCUUCUCAUGCCAUUCGUUGACGACGACCAUCCACUUCAGGCUCUGUUCCCCCCUCGCGUAUGGGCUAUUCGAAUUCCGGUCAUCCUCACUCUCUUUGGCUCAGCUGUUGUCGGAACAUUUCUCGCCAUGGUUAUGAUCAGAAGCAACAGAAAGAAGGCUGCAAAGGCCCGAGCUGCGGCAGCAAAGAAAUCGAAAUAAAGACAAAAGAGAAUCAUGGAUGCUUUCAGAGUUCGAAUGUGUCAAGGGAGUGCAUAUGGAAUCAAACAGAUGGCAUAUUCAACAACAUAUAACGGUAUUAAACAAGGACGGUGCACUGCUGCCGAUGCUCACAGUCGAGCGCAUGUCUGAGAGCUCAACCAUAGUGGUUGCAGUCCAGGUUAGCAUUUGCAAGGUCCGAAGAAACACGAUGCGAUCGCUUGCUAGAUUGAUGGGGGCCAUGCGUACCGUCGACUUGGUCGCAAUAGGAUGACUUUGUUUACCGGUAGCCCAUUCUUGUCGAGUAAUGACCGUGUAUGAACAUGCUCUUUUGCUUUUCU